AAAAUAUUCUCCCGCCCCUUUCACCCCUUAUCCUAUGACGUCGUCUCAGCUGCGGGCCGCCGACGCAGGGCUGGGUUUCCAUUUUUGAUGCGAGUUUCGGGAAACAACAAUAUGGAGCCGGACAUGGAGGACAAAACGUUAGAGCUCAUGAACACUUCAGUCAUGGAGUCCCAUACUGGAGAUCUCUCCCCAAAGACCACCACAGUAUUUAAGAUCACCAAUGGUCCUCUGACGGGGUCGCGGAAGAGGCCGUCGGAAGGGAACUAUGAGAAGGAGAAGGAUGUUUGUAUCCAACUGUUUGACCAGUGGUCAGAGGCUGACCAGGUGGAGUUUGUGGAGCAUCUGAUUUCACGCAUGUGCCACUACCAGCACGGCCACAUCAACUCCUACCUCAAGCCUAUGCUCCAAAGGGACUUUAUCACAGCGCUGCCAGCCCAGGGCCUGGACCACAUAGCAGAGAACAUCCUGUCGUUUCUGGACGCACGCUCGCUCUGCUCAGCCGAGCUGGUGUGCAAGGAGUGGCAGCGCGUCAUCUCCGAGGGCAUGCUGUGGAAGAAGCUGAUCGAGCGCAUGGUGCGCACAGACCCGCUCUGGAAGGGCCUCUCUGAAAGACACCAGUGGGAAAAAUACUUGUUCAAGAACCGCACCACAGAAGUCCCUCCAAACUCCUACUACCGCUCUCUUUACCCCAAAAUCAUUCAGGACAUCGAGACCAUUGAGGCCAACUGGCGGUGUGGAAGGCACAACCUCCAGAGGAUCCAGUGCAGGUCUGAGAACAGUAAAGGAGUCUACUGCCUCCAGUACGAUGACGACAAGAUCAUCAGCGGCCUCCGAGAUAACUCCAUCAAGAUCUGGGAUAAGCAGUCGCUGGAGUGUUUGAAGAUUCUGACGGGGCACACGGGCUCUGUGCUGUGUCUGCAGUAUGACGAGAGAGUUAUUGUUACCGGCUCAUCUGACUCCACUGUCAGGGUGUGGGACGUGAGCUCGGGGGAGGUGCUGAACACGCUCAUCCACCACAACGAGGCCGUGCUGCACCUGCGCUUCUGUAACGGCCUGAUGGUGACUUGCUCGAAGGACCGCUCCAUCGCCGUGUGGGACAUGGCCUCUCCCACCGACAUCAGCCUGCGCCGCGUGCUCGUGGGCCACCGCGCCGCCGUCAACGUUGUCGACUUCGACGACAAGUACAUCGUGUCUGCCUCGGGGGAUCGCACCAUUAAGGUGUGGAGUACAAGCACCUGUGAGUUUGUGCGCACCCUAAAUGGCCACAAACGCGGAAUUGCCUGCCUGCAGUACAGAGACCGGCUCGUGGUUAGUGGCUCCUCAGACAACACCAUCAGGCUAUGGGAUAUUGAGUGUGGCGCCUGUUUGCGGGUUUUGGAAGGCCAUGAGGAACUUGUCCGCUGCAUUCGAUUUGAUAAUAAAAGGAUCGUGAGUGGGGCGUAUGACGGUAAAAUUAAAGUGUGGGACCUGCAGGCAGCGCUGGACCCAAGAGCCCCGGCCAGCACUCUGUGUCUGCGAACACUGGUGGAGCACUCGGGACGUGUGUUUCGGCUUCAGUUUGAUGAGUUCCAGAUCAUCAGCAGUUCCCAUGACGACACCAUCCUCAUCUGGGAUUUCCUGAAUGUGUCAACUAAUGGACAAAUGGAAGGGCGAUCGCCAUCCCGCACGUAUACCUACAUAUCCAGAUAGCAGCACGCACAGACACACACACGUACGGCCCUGCUCCUCUCGUUUUCUCUUUGCUGAGGAGAUGGACAGAGGGAUGCCAUCGAAAAAGAGCAUGGAGCUCCACCCCCAUACCCAGAGUGAUGAUUUCCUUAACCACGCCCCUGGGCCCACGGACUAUAUAUUUGUUUUUCUGUGAUCAGAAGGAAAAAAGAAUACAGUGGAAGUUAUUCUCUUCCCUGAAGACUGUAUGUGCAUGAAUGAACGAUGGGACAGCAGAGCCGGUCACUCCCUGUUUGUCUGUCUUAAUAUUUUUUUUUUUUAUUUUAUUUUAUUUUUUUUUUUUGGAAAUUCUUUUCUUUUUUUUAAUUUGGGAAGUCUUUUCUUUGUGGUAUUGUACUAAUAACUGUAGUUCUCUCCCUUUUCAAAUUCUUCCCCAACAUGUCACUCUGUCCCUCCAUGUUCCUACUAGCUCUAGCUUUCUCUGUCUCUUCUUCUCUCCCAAUAUUUCUCCAUCUUGGUCCCUUUUGCUGUUUGCUUGUCUAGGUUCCAAAUGACCCAUAACUGAUCUGAAUCUAGUUGUAAACAAAACUGUCUUGUCUGAAACUGUGUUGUAUAUUAAAGAUUUUUUUAAAGAAAAAUUAUUAAGGAGAAUAAAGUAAAUUGACUGUGAA